ACAGCGAGGAAAUUACUGGCAAUCGCCACAGCCGCAUGUGACUUUCACGGGGCGCCAUGGAUGCCAAGUACAAAAGCUUCGACUCGACGCGGGCUCCGUUUCGGAUCACGACCGAUUUUCUCACUCCAGAAUCUAUUCCUCUUUCCUUAUACAACACAUAUCUCUGAUCUCGGACUUGUUGCUCUUUCUGUUUCUGUUUCUGUUUCUGCAAUUUGAGUCUCCAUUGUUGUACUUGUUUGUACAGAGAGAGAGAGAGAGAGAGAGAGAGAGCUCCAGGAGUACUCGGUCUGAGCUCCUCCGCUUGGCUGUAAUAUUUUGGCGGCAGCGCGAUUCAAUUUUCAAUGGAUCAUCGCGAUGAGAAUGAUUGUGAUAUAGAGAACGACGGAGGCGGAGGCGGAGGCGGAGGAGGACAGGAGCGGUGGCUUGAGAGAAGACAGGAGAGCAAUGCGUCGUCGUUUUACGAGAGGGACGGCGGCGGCGCCAGAGAGCCGCUUCUGAAUCUCAAGAGCAGAGUCAACACAGGUUCUCAAAUAGCAAUAGUUGGCUCCAAGGUUUAUCCAAUCGAGAGUCUCGAUUACGAGAUUAUCGAAAAUGAGCUUAUUAAGCAGGACUGGAGAUCUAGGAAAAAAGUUGAAAUUUAUCAGUAUGUUGUUCUCAAGUGGACACUUGUGCUUCUCAUUGGAUCUUUUACGGGGCUAGUUGGUUUCUUCAAUAACCUUGCUGUUGAAAACAUUGCUGGUUUGAAGCUUUUGCUCACCAGCAAUCUGAUGCUUGAUAAGAAGUACUUUCAGGCAUUUGCAGCAUUUGCUGGUAUUAAUGCGAUACUUGCAAUUUCUGCUGCAUCUCUUUGUGCAUUUAUCGCACCUGCAGCAGCCGGGUCUGGCAUCCCGGAGGUGAAGGCCUAUCUUAAUGGUAUAGAUGCUCAUUCCAUUUUGGCUCCAAGUACCCUAUUUGUAAAGAUUUUUGGUUCUGUUUUUGGUGUUUCUGCGGGGUUUGUUGUUGGUAAAGAAGGACCUAUGGUGCACACGGGUGCCUGUAUAGCAAAUUUACUAGGACAGGGAGGCUCCAGGAAGUAUCACUUAACUUGGAAAUGGCUACGAUACUUCAAAAAUGAUCGAGACCGAAGGGAUCUGAUUACUUGUGGGGCUGCUGCCGGAGUGGCUGCCGCUUUCCGAGCCCCAGUCGGAGGUGUCCUAUUCGCACUCGAAGAAGCAGCCUCAUGGUGGCGAAGUGCUCUUCUUUGGAGGACCUUCUUCACAACUGCUGUUGUAGCGGUCAUAUUACGAUCUCUAAUAGAAUUCUGCCGCAGCGGCGCUUGUGGGCUAUUCGGAAAAGGCGGUCUGAUAAUGUUUGACGUGAACUCUGCAUCUCCUAACUACGACACAAUCGAUCUGCUUGCCAUUAUAUUUCUUGGCGUUCUUGGAGGCCUCCUCGGCUCCCUUUACAACUAUCUCGUUGACAAGGUUCUGAGGAUAUACAGCAUCAUCAACGAGCGAGGUCCUGCCUUCAAAGUACUGCUUGUUCUCGUCGUUUCCCUUAUAACCUCUUGUUGCGCAUACGGUAUUCCAUGGCUUGCGCCGUGCACGCCGUGCCCGGAAGGUAUCAAGGAUGCGUGCCCAACGAUUGACCGCGCUGGCAACUACAAGAGCUUCCAGUGUUCGGGCGGAUACUACAACGAUCUCGCUUCGCUCUUGCUCAACACCAAGGACGACGCGAUCAGGAACCUCUUCAGUUCUCAUAACAACAAGGAGUUUCGGAUUUUCUCUCUUGUCAUAUUCUUCAUUGUGAUUUACUUCCUUGGUAUUAUCACUUACGGGAUCGCCAUCCCGUCCGGACUGUUCAUCCCCGUCAUCCUCGCCGGAGCCUCCUACGGCCGCCUCGUUGGAAGGCUUUUAGGUAACAUUUCCACCCUUGAUGUCGGACUGUUUUCGCUUCUCGGAGCUGCUUCGUUCCUCGGAGGCACCAUGCGAAUGACGGUAUCUCUCUGCGUUAUACUUUUGGAGCUCACCGAUAACCUCCUGAUGCUCCCGUUGGUGAUGCUCGUCCUCCUCAUUUCAAAAACGGUCGCUGACAGCUUCAACAAAGGCGUCUACGACCAAAUAGUGAAGAUGAAAGGUCUGCCGUACAUGGAAGCACAUGCGGAGCCGUACAUGAGGCAUCUCGCAGCCGGGGAUGUCUGUUCCGGACCGUUGAUCACGCUUUCGGGGGUUGAGAAAGUCGGGAAUAUAGUGGACGCUCUACGGAUGACCAAACACAACGGGUUCCCGGUAAUUGAUGAGCCCCCAUUCUCCGAUGCACCGGAGCUUUGUGGGCUGGUUUUGAGAUCCCAUCUUCUUGUUGUGCUGAAAAGGAAGAAGUUCACUAAGAGCAGGGUGACGUCUGGAUCAGAAAUUUUAAGAGUUUUCCAUGCAUUCGAUUUCGCCAAGCCUGGUUCCGGAAAGGGACUCAAAAUCGAGGACGUGGAGGUGAGCGAGGAGGAAAUGGAGAUGUUCGUCGACCUCCAUCCCAUCACCAACACCUCUCCGUACACGGUGGUUGAGACCAUGUCGCUCGCCAAAGCCGCUCUCCUAUUCCGGGAGCUCGGUCUCAGACAUUUAUGCGUCGUCCCGAAGAAACCCGGGAGGCCACCAAUAGUGGGGAUCUUAACGAGGCACGAUUUUAUGCCGGAGCACGUGCUGGGACUCUACCCUGGGCUCCAUCACUCAUCCCAAGUCAAGUAAAGUAAAGUAAUUCAACCAUCACUCAUCUAUCAAUCAUCUACGGUUUGUCCAACUAUGCUCUAUUCUCCUGUUAUUAUUAUUAUUGGUAUUUAUAUUCACAUGAAAAUAAAUAAGCUUGCAAAGGAAACAGGCAAUAUCUACAGAAAUACUGCAUGGUUUUCGCUACAUCUUUCAAAUACUUAGGUGCAACACAUUCGAGUUUAGGCGAAAACACGAGGAAAAGCAAAGCCACAUACGAGAUGUAAAAUGCCUACAAUUGGAUAUGUAUUGGAAAUGCAUGAAAAAUGAUGAUUAUAUUUUCUUCUUUUGUAUUUGCAUUUGAAUACUGCAAUCACUGUACCAUAUUGUCAUUUAUAUACAGGAUUUGAUUCCAACUA